AUGGAUCAAAAGCGUGCCAUGCUUUAUCCACAAGUGGAUUUCAACACCCCACCAAGCGCACCAUUGGCAACGCCAGCCGUUGGUCCCAUUGAGGCACCGCCAUCAUACGAUGUGGCAACUGCAGCUCAACCAGCUCCAGUGAUUGUUGUGAAUGCUCAGCCACUGCCCCAGCAACAACAACAACAUCAACAUCAACCACAACAACUGGAGCCCACAAUUGUGCCAGCAGCUCCCUCCAAUUUGGGUCCCAAUCCCUGUCGGGUGCUGUGCCCCGCUUGUGGCGUCCAAAAAACAACGCGCAUGACGCACACAGCCAAUGCACGCACUCACCUGGCUGCAGCACUAAUCUGCCUCGUGGGCUGGUGUGUCUGUGCCUGCUUUGUUCCCUAUUGCAUGAACAGCUGCCGCACAGGCAACCAUUAUUGCCGCAAGUGCAACACUUUUCUGGGCGUCUACAAUCCGAAAGGCGUCAAGUGAUGGCGAUUACGAGAGAUGCGCACGAUUAAAAUAUAAGAUUAGAUAAGCUAUACUUAGACUGGCCACAUCAGCUGAUUAUUGUUUUAACUAUUUGUAAUUAAAUAUGUAUACACAAACACACACAUACCUGCUGCCAUAACAGCUUCCAUCUGAAGAAACAAACAAGUCGUGGCUUGGCGCUCUCUGCUGUUGGCGGCCUUAAGCUCCAUUUGUAGUAUAUUGCGUAGGCGCAAUGCGGCAGCUUUACUGUGGGGCUAUUAACUAAAACCAUUCACGGUAGAAGUGCGAUGAAGCACACAACACACAUCAUAAUACACAAACAUUAUUAAACAUAAAAAAAAAUUUUAAAAAAAC